UUUCCUUAAGAAUUCACGUUUGUCUCCCCUCUCCGUAAUCUAACUUCUUUCCGUCUCUUUCUUCCGGCUUUUCAAGUGGUCUUUAUCCUUCGUAUAACGUAUAUUGCGAAACAUUAUACAGGAAAACCGGUUGACACAUUUGAAAGAAAUGUAUCCUCAUGGUGCAAAAUAUCAUAGAUACAUCCCUAGCUCGAUUGAUAUGUCAAAUUCAAGGAACGAAAUAAUAUGUUAUUAAUUAUGUGUAUUUAUAUACAUAUUAUAGUAAUAGUGUUUUAUGGGAAAUUUAGAAUAUAUUUUGUAUAUAUUCGCUUACAUAUGUUAAAGAAAAAAUGUAAGAAAAAUAAUUUUGACUCGAACAAAAUAAUUGCGUCCCAUGGUGCAAAAUAUUAUACAUACGUUCUUAACUCGAUCAAUACGUCACACGUCGAGGAACGAUACUCAGUCGAUAACCGAAGAAUCGACUUGAUAACUUUUUCUCAAUAACCUCUUUCAUUCCAAUUUAUUAUCAUUAGUAAUAUAACAUAUAGACCUCGCGAUUCACGUUAAUCUAUAUUGAUAUUAAAAUAAACAAAAGCGUUACUGUAAAUUUAGAUUCUUUUUAAUCGAUCACAUCGUAAAUUUAUAGAUAGUAGGAUAAAGAAAGUUUUUGUUUCGAGAAUCGUAAUGAAAGAUAAACGAUACUUUUUUUUAUUUUUAAUAACCUUAAAGAUCAUAUUCGGUCGAGCAAAAAUAUUUGAUAAAAAUCGGCAAGAAAUCGAACAGAUGGAUGGUCGCUUGUCCAAAGAUGUUGUACCAAAAAAAUAUAUUAUCGCAGCAUCACCGGAUUUCAUCGAAGAUAGGUUUUAUGGUGCUGUACAAAUCGAGUUAGGAAUUAUGAAGGUUAAGGAUUAUAUAGUUUUACAUUCAAGGAAUUUAACUAUUACAUCGACUAAGUUGUUUAAAAGUGACAUGCCUUAUGAAGAAAUUUCAAUUGAUGCUAUUUAUCCUAUUGAAGAAUAUGAAAUGAUAAUAAUCGAAAUUACAAAUCAGUUAACACCUGAUAAUUAUAUCCUAAGAAUGAAUUACAGUGGUACAUUAAGCAAUAAGAUCAAUGGAUUUUAUUUAAGUAGUUAUACAGUCAACUCUGAAAAUGAUCGUGUCAGAAAAUUGGCGGUCACACAAUUUGAACCAACUUAUGCUAGAAAAACUUUCCCUUGUUUUGAUGAGCCAUCAUUUAAAUCUGUUUUUCAUAUUCGUAUCGUUCAUGAUGCAAGAUCGAAUUAUCAUGCUUUAUCCAAUAUGCCGAGUAUAAGAGUCGAUAAAACAGAUGAUAAAAGCGAUUUGAUGGUAACAACUUUUGCACCUACUUUACCGAUGUCGACAUACCUCGUGGCUUUUCUAAUAAGUGAUUUCGAGUGUCUAACUUCAAGCGCGGAUUCUUUAAAUGGAACUAGAAUACCGCUUAGCGUUUGCGUUAGAUCGGAUUACAAGAGUAAAGUGCAAUUUGCUUUGAAUAUUGCUGCUCAAGCUAUCGAAUAUUAUUCGAAUGUUUUGAACAUCGAUUAUGCUCUGCCAAAAUUAGAUCUCGCUGGAAUACCGGAUUUUGCAGCUGGUGCAAUGGAAAAUUGGGGUUUGAUAACGUUCCGUGAAACUGAGUUGAUCUAUAGCGAGGAACAUAGCUCAUGUGAAAACAUAAAAAGCGUUGCUCUCACGGUGACCCAUGAAUUGGCACACAUGUGGUUUGGAAAUCUCGUCACUAUGAAAUGGUGGAACGAUCUUUGGCUCAAUGAAGGUUUUGCAACUUAUAUGGAACACAUUGCAGUCGAUUUUAUUUUUCCUGAAUGGAAUCAGAUGCAAAUGUUUUCCUUGGAUACCAAAUACACAUCAAUGAUUUACGAUAUGAAAAGGAAUGCACAUCCGAUAGUGAAUCGUCUUGAAGCUUCCGAUGAGAUAGGUCAAAUGUUUGAUCGUAUUUCUUAUCAAAAAAGUGCUGCAGUGAUCAAUAUGUUAGAAGAUGCAAUGGGAAAUUUAAAAUUCAUUUCUGGAAUUAGAAACUACCUACAACAGUAUGAAUUUGCUAAUGCCGAGUCGAAAGAACUUUUCGAACUUUUAAACGAGGAAACUAAGAAUGUAAACCUAAUCAAUUUUUUAAACGGAUGGACGAAAUUACCUGGGUUUCCUGUUAUAAAAGUCCAACGAAAAGACAGAUUACUCAAAUUAUCUCAGCAACGAUUUGUCUUUGACAAAAGACAAGAGGAAUUUUUCACAGAAACUUGGGAUAUUCCUUUAAAGUAUAUAACGAAUCGACAAGAAGAUAAUAUCAGUUUCGCUUGGUUCCUUGCUAAUUACUCUUGCGGUGAUAAUAAGGAUCUGUCUUAUCAUAUUGUUUUAAACAUGACCACUUUUCUAAAAAACGAAAGUGCUCUUCAACCUUGGAUAGUUGCUGGUCAAUGGAUCAAUCGAAUUAACAGAUUGUUUCGUUCGACUAAUUUGCAUCGUCCGUUUCAAUCCUAUGUGCAACGUCUGAUCGAUAAAAUUUAUCAACAAGUUGGAUGGAAGGUGAACGAGAAAGAGGAAUUACCAUACAGAGAAUUACGGGUAGUUAUUCUGAAGAUAGCAUGCAGUGUAAAAUUCGAUCAUUGCUUGGACACAGCUACUAUGAAGCUUAAAAAUUUCGUUGAGAGUAAUGCCACACAAAAAUUGCAUCCCGACAUUCGUUCUAUAGUUUAUUCCUUUGGUCUCUUUGUGCCAAGCGAGGAAGCUGAAUCGAUAUUUGAAAAAAUGUGGGAAUUCUUUUUAAGAGAGACAGACGUGCAAGAAAAAAAAAGAUUGUUGAUAAGAUUAGCAGCUAUUAGAAACAAAGAUAUUCUCAAUAAAUAUCUCCUAAAGAUACAAGACGAGAAAGUCGUUCGUAGGCAAGAUUUUUUUGAAGUCAUCAGUAAUAUCGCUGUAAAUCCAAUAGGUCUGGAUAUAGUCUGGGACUUUUUUAGAAAUCAUUGGGAAAAUUUAAUCGAGAAAUUUGCAUUAAACGAUCACGCUGUGGACGCAGCUAUCGGAGCAGCUAUCUCUUUAUUCAAAGACGAAGAAAAAUUGAAGGAGCUGAUAGAGAAAUGCGUGUGGUCCAUAGCUAAGAUGUUGCUAACAAUAUUGAUCAGGAGAUUUAUGAAUAGAAGGGGAUUUGAUCGGAGUAACGGUAUAUAUCACAACCUUGGUCAGAAACAAUUAUCUGUUGCUGUCAGCUCCAAAAAACAAAAAAUGAAGAAACUUACGCAACAAGAGAGGGAUGUACUCCUGAAUCCAUUGUUAGAAACUGGAUGGUCUCUUCAAACAGAACGAGAUGCUAUUUAUAAGGAAUUUGUAUUUAAAAAUUUCAACGAAGCUUUUGGAUUUAUGACACGGAUAGCUCUACAAUCAGAAAAAAUGAAUCAUCAUCCUGAAUGGUUUAAUGUUUACAAUAAAGUAAAUAUGACCUUAUCUACUCAUGAUGUUAAUGGAUUAUCCCAAAAGGAUAUCGAUUUGGCAACAUUUGUUGAAAAUGUUGUUAAAGGUUACAAUAAUUAAAUUAUUUUAAGAUUGAUGCCCUAAUAUAAUCACUGCAUCAAGAACCAAACACAAAUAUAUCUCAGUUGUAAUGAUAUUUUUAAAAGAUUAUUUCAUAUAAAAAAAAUGUUAAAAUAUUUUAUUAUUUUUUAUUAUGAUUAAAUAAUAAAGUUUGUUUAUGCAGUUAUCAAAUAA